CAUGAAAGAGUUCACAGUGGGAAAAAGCCUUACGAAUGUAAAGAGUGUGGCAAGUGUUUUAGCCAAGCAGGAACCCUAAGGAUUCAUGAAAGAGUUCACACUGGGGAAAAGCCUUAUGAAUGUAAACAGUGUGGCAAGUGUUUUAAUCAAACAGGAAGCCUAACGAGUCAUGAAAGAGUUCACACUGGGGAAAAGCCUUACGAAUGUAAACAGUGUGGGAAGUGUUUUAGAAAUCCAGGACACUUAAAGAAUCAUGAAGGAAUUCACACUGGGGAAAAGUCUUACGAAUGUAAACAUUGUGGCAAGUGUUUUAGCCAAGCAGGAAUCCUAAGGAGUCAUGAAGGAAUUCACACUGGGGAAAAGCCUUACAAAUGUAAACAUUGUGGCAAGUGUUUUAGCCAAGCAGGAACCCUAAGAAUUCAUGAAAGAGUUCACACUGGGGAAAAGCCUUACAAAUGUAAACAAUGUGGCAAAUGUUUUAGCCAAGCAGGAAACCUAAGGAUUCAUGAAAGAGUUCACACUGGGGAAAAGCGUUACGAAUGUAAACAUUGUGGCAAGUGUUUUAGCCGAUCAGGAGACCUAAGAAGUCAUGAAAGAGUUCACUCUGGGGAAACGCCAUAUGAAUGUAAACGAUGUGGCAAGUGUUUUAGCCAAGCAGGAACCCUAAGGAUUCAUGAAAGAGUUCAUACUGGGGAAAAGCGUUACGAAUGUAAGCAGUGUGGCAAGUGUUUUAGCCAAGCAGGAAACCUAAGGAUUCAUGAAAGGCUUCACACUGGGGAAAAGCCUUACGAAUGUAAGCAGUGUGGCAAGUGUUUUAGCCAAGCAGUAAGCCUAAGGUUUCAUGAAAAAGUUCACACUGGGAAAAAGCCUUAUGAAUGUAAACAGUGUAGCAAGCGUUUCAGUGAAGCUGGAAGCCUGAGGAAACAUGAGAGAAUCCACACCCUGGUUGAGUCAUGCAAAUGUUCCCGGAAAAACAAAAGUUUGUCUAAACGUUUGGAAUCUUCGAAGCGGAAGAGAACGGGAGGUAAAAACGUUAAUGUUAGCAGAGCCAUAGGUUUUGCAAACAACAUUCAAACACAGAGGGAGACUGGAAACACUGAUCUAGCAGAUGCACAAUUGGUUAUCUUUGAGAAUUACAGCUGCUGGAUUUGUCAAGAGGAGAUGAGUAGUGAGGCUCUUCGUCUUCAGCAUUAUGAAAACCAUAUGACCUAUGUUUGUGAAGAUGACUCUUAAGUUAAUCAAAGUAAAAACUAUGGGGAAUUCUGUAGGCUCUUGGAGGAGGGGGUGCGUCAAAUCACCUUGCACCUCCCCACAGGCAUUGGAGGGUUGUUGACCAAUGAUUUUAAACAAAGUGAAUUAGUGAUACUUUGCCUACAAUGUACAUGUAAUUGCAAAAUCGCUCUUAAUUUUUUGGGAUGGUUGAGCAGUUCUUAACAUAGUUUGCCAGAAAAUUUUCUAAAGAAAGCAAGAAGACAGGCCAUUGCAAGAUUUUGUCAAUCCAUGAAAAACUUUGUUCUAAAACUGCCUUUAAAAGAAACUGAAAGUGCCAUCAGUGAAGAUUUUCGGCCUACAGAAUUUUAUAAAGACCCAGUUUUUUUCAUUUAAGAAUCGUCAAGGUAAAUUUACAAGUUAGAGCCCUAGUCUCAUCUGUUUAGUGUCAUGUAACUAGAGAAAUAUAACUUAUAUGUACUAUCCCUGGGGGGUACUCUUAGAAAAUCUUGUUGUGGCGUCCAGUUCUCUAAAUCCUGACCCUAUUCAGACCGAAAAUGUCAUUUUGACACCCGUUUUCAGACCAGACCUUUAAUAUCCAUACCCGUUUUCAGACCUUGCCUUUAGGCAGAAAUUAUGUCAUGAUUACUUAGAUUAGAGCAUAGACAUAAAAUUUAUUCAAAUGCAUUUCGAAUUCGCAUAUUUCUGUUUCGUUCUUUUUCGUCUUUUUUUGCGGGGGUGUUGAGAGUUCUAGGUCGGGGCUUAAAUCAGAGUGCGUGGAUAUUUUUCAUCAGAGCUUUCUCUGGUUGUUACACCAUACUGACGAGCCCCAAAGAGGGCGAAACAGCUGUCUAUGGCUACAAUCCCGCUCCGUUUUGAGUUCGUUCGGUGUGGUGUUGAUGUCUUGCACAGUUAAUUUUCAGGUAGUACGAUCAGCAUUGUAGUAUUCUACUUGCAGAAUUUAAUAUGUCUACGAUAAGUACGUUCAUACGCUCCCGUAGUUCCCUCAUAAACCAUAGUCCAUUCCGUUUUCAGACCAAAAAGGUCCAAAAACCAUACCCUUUGGGGCGGCACAUACCUAUAUGACUUUUAAAGGGGUUCCCCCCCCCCCCCCCCCGACUCACAAACCCUAAGUUCGUCCCUGUUUAAAACACAAAAACCACCAAACCCAACCCCUUUGGGGGGCGACUACCCUUUUUUAUUUUUAAAGGGGUUCCCCCCCCCCCCCCAGGUACUUUCUAACAUACUUUUUUCAGCAUCGUUCAUCUGUUUGGUAAGAAGCCCCCAACUUGGAACACUAUUGAAAGAUCAUUAUGAUCAGCGGCAAACUUUGUGAAUAGUCAGAUUUACAACUUUCUUUCAAUUUUACUUUUGAAAUUGUGAUGCCAUUAUCAAAAUACGUACAUAAAGUAGUCUAUUUGCCAUAUAAUCAAUUUUGAAGGUCCAAGAUAUUGCCAAUUGUCCACGUUUCGAUUUUUCUUAAUACUACCGGCCCUCAAAACGCACGCAAUGUACUCAGGAAACCUAAUUCUCCCAAAAAUUCCACCCCUCUAAGAAACAAGUGCAGUCGUUUUGGUCGGUCUUCUCGUUGGAACGCUCUCUCACAGAAGAAAAAACCUGGAUACGGGCCUGGCUGAGGAUAAUUCUUUAGAAAAAUCUCCUGCCUCCUUCUUCAUCUCUGGCCGUAGAUCUUUCGCGCCGCUGUAUCUCAUCCAGGAACGAAAAACACACCGAACAACUACCUGCUACGCAGGCUAGUGCAAGUAGUAGUGGAGAACUGAACUGCUCGCUAAGUAACUGACCGUUUUGCUGCAUUUUGUAAUGAAAACUACUGAUAGAAAGUAUAGGUUGUACAUUUUAUAGCCUCGUAAAUUUCUAAGACCAAUAUCAUUCAUGUGCAUGUAAGCGAUGUAUUUAAGAGAUUGCCGAUUAGCUGGCGAGCAAGCUCAUUUGGGGAUAUCGUGAAAAGUAGACGCGCGUGAGGCACGCGAGAAGAGAUGCGAAAGCGGGGGUGCCCCCUCGCGGCUCGCUUCGUUCGCCCAAACAUGAGAGCCUGAUCGCAGGCAGGACUCCAUAACCCGGAGCGUGCAAACCCCAUACUAGGCCUAUGUCACGGCGUUUUUACUGACCGGUUUAGCUGUAGACACAUUUUAAGGCAAUUUUUCCCUCGAAAAUGGAAUCUCCGUAACGUCCAUGAACGCAUUCGAAGUAUAAGCUAUCAAAGAGGAAAACGUAACGUCAUUAAAAGGCAAAAGUUAUCAUUUUUAGGGCUGUAGGUUUUCCUGACUGGUUUGUGUGACUUUAAAGAUACCGUAAAAUUCCGAAAAUAAGCCCCGGGGCUUAUAUUUUUCAAAAGCCUCUUUUGAGGGGCAUAUUUUUGGAGGGGCCUGUAUUGGGAAGGGCUUAUCUACGGAGGGAAAUUUGCGUUUCAAAACCGGCCAGGCUUAUACUGGGAGGGAAAUUUACGUCUCAAAAUCGAUUGGGCUAGCUUAUGGUUGGAAGCAAACUUUAUCAGUAAUUUGCACAAAGUUUUUACUAAAACUAGCCUUGAGAACGUAGAUCUUACUGAAACCAUGGAAACUAAGCCAUGCGAGUACUUUGUGUAUAUGGAACGACGAAAUCCAAGCCAAGAGUUAAGAGUGAACUAUGCAAACAUGAAUAUAGUGUGACACAUUUUGACUGCAAUCAUUUGGCACACGUAAUAGUUCUUUGGCAAAUACAAAAAAUUUUGUGUUACUGUACAGUUUUUGCUUUGCUUUAUUUUGAAUUUGAGGGCAAUUUCCAAGUACAAGCCCCUGGGGGACUAUAUUUGGAGGGCGAUUUAGCGAACGGGUUUUUGGAUUACGAGUUUGGGGGGCUUAUAUUUGGAGGGGCUUAUACAUGAAGGGGCUUAUUUUCGAAAUUUUACGGUAUUCUAAAUUCGCGCCAAGACCGUUCUAAUGAGCUCCUGUCGCAGGCCAGAUUUCUGCCUUGUUUGAGAUACCUGUGGACAUGUGUUGGAAGGCGCGGGUCACUUAUUUAAAAAUAAAGAUCCCUUUAUAUAACGUCUUACUCGGAGACACUACUAAUGCAAAGAUUUUGAAAUAUGCAGGGUCUCUGAAAUAGCAUUUUAGGCCUUCUGAGAGCAUUUAUUUCGUUCCCAUUUAAGAAGUGUACUUUGUUUAAUACCCGCUUAAUUUUUCUUUGUUGAAGCUUUUAAAGAAAUAAUUUUCAGUCUUUAUCGAACUGAAAUGAACACAUUGAACCGAAGAGCAGCGUGAGGAGCGUGGCCGCUGGCCAAAUUAAACGUGCCUGUCAAAAUUAUUGGGGGGUCCCAUGCCACCCCGGCCCCUCCCUAUGCUACGGUAAUGAAAAAUCAGUAGUAUUCAACAGAAUUUUCGAAUCGCAGCAUAACCUUGAACGUACAGAAAAUGCGUUACCGUCGAAGGCCAGGAAACCCAGGGAAGUAUCAGAAGUCAAUCCCGCGCGCGCUCGUUCCUUUUCCUCGCUUUGGGCGGAGGUUACGAACCCAGCCCACCCCAAUGACCACCCGAAUCACUUGUAGAAAAUUAUAAAACGGCAACGAGGAAGUAAACAAAAGAAUAAAACGAAGAAUAUAUAGACAAAUAUAUUUACUUGUAUUCUGGGUAGAACGUAUUUCGUAGAGCGCUCAAUUUAUUUAAUUGACUGGCAUUGACUAUUAAUAAUCACAGGAGUUCAGGCUUCAGGAGUAAUCAUUGAUCGUUUAUUGCGACAGUGCUGUUUCGUAUGGUCCGAAAUUGUAGGACCACACAGUGCAGCAAGUGCUUUAGUCUAGCAGGAGACCUAAGGGAACAUAAAAGAGUUCACACUGGGGAAAAGCCUUACGAAUGUAAACAGUGUGGCAAGUGUUUUAGCCAAGCAGGACACCUAAGGAGUCAUGAAGGAAUUCACACUGGGGAAAAGCCUUGCAAAUGUAAACAAUGUGGCAAGUGUUUUAGCCUAGCAGGACACCUAAGGAUUCAUUGAAGAAUUCACACUCGGGAAAAGCCUUACCAAUGUAAACAGUGUGGCAAGUGUUUUAGGCGAGCAGGACACCUAAGGAGUCAUGAAAGAAUUCACACUGGGCAAAAGCCUUACGAAUGUAAACAGUGUGGCAAGUGUUUUACCCAGUCAGGAGACCUAAGGAGUCAUGAAAGAAUUCACACUGGGCAAAAGCCUUACGAAUGUAAACAGUGUGGCAAGUGUUUUACCCAGUCAGGAAACCUAAGGGUUCAUGAAAGGGUUCACACUGGGGAAAAGCCUUAUGAAUGUAAACAGUGUGGCAAGUGUUUUAGCCGAGCAGGACACCUAAGGAGUCAUGAAAGAAUUCACACUGGGCAAAAGCCUUACGAAUGUAAAGAGUGUGGCAAGUGUUUUACCCAGUCAGGAAACCUAAGGAUUCAUGAAAGGGUUCACACUGGGGAAAAGCCUUAUGUUAUUAUGUGUGGCAAGUGUUUUAGUGAAGCAGAAAACCUAAGAAAGCAUGAAAUGGUUCACUCUGGGCAAACUACAUAUGAAUGUAAACAAUGUGGCAAGUGUUUUAGAGUAGCAGCACACUUAAGGAUUCAUGAAAGAGUUCACUCUGGGGAAAAGCCUUACGAAUGUAAGCAGUGUGGCAAGUGUUUUAACCGAGCAGGAAACCUAAGGAUUCAUGAAAGAGUUCACUCUUGGGAAAAGCCUUACGAAUGUAAACAGUGUGGCAUGUGUUUUAGCCAAGCAGGAAACCUAAGGAGUCAUGAAAAAAUUCACACUGGGGAAAAGCCCUAUAAAUGUAAACAGUGUGGCUUUUGUUUUAGGCGAGCAGGAAACCUAAGGAGUCAUGAAAGAGUUCACACUGGGGAAAAGCCUUAUGAAUGUAAACAGUGUGGCAAGUGUUUUAGUCUACCAGGAAACCUAAGAAAGCAUGAAAGAGUUCACUCUGGGGAAACGCCAUAUGAAUGUAAACAAUGUGACAAGUGUUUUAGCGAAGCAGGAAACCUAAGGAUUUAUGAAAGAGUUCACACUGAGGAAAAGGCUUACGAAUGUAAACAGUGUGGCAAGUGUUUUAGCCAAGCAGGAAACCUAAGGAUUCAUGAAAGAGUUCACACUGAGGAAAAGGCUUACGAAUGUAAGCAGUGUGGCAAGUGUUUUAGCCAAGCAGGAAACCUAAGGAUUCAUAAAAAUGUUCACACUGGAAAAAAGCCUUAUGAAUGUAAACAGUGUAGCAAGCGUUUCAGUGAAGCAAGAAGUCUGAGGAAGCAUGAGAGAAUCCACACUCUGGUUGGGUCACGUAAAUCUUCCCGGAAAAACAAAAGUCUUUUUAAACGUUUGGAAUCUUGCAAGCGGAAGAGAGCGGGAGGUAAAAACGUUAAUUUUAGCAGAGCCAUAGGUUUUACAAACAACCUUCAAACACAGCGGGGGACUGGAAGCACUGAUCUAACAGAUGCACAAUUGGUCAUUUUUGAGAAUUACAGAUGCUGGAUUUGUCAAGAGGAGAUGAGUAGUGAGGCUCUUCUUCUUCAACAUUAUGAAAACCAUAUGACCUGUUUGUGA